UCAAAUAUAGAAGUGGGAUUUUGCGGUAAAAUGUGGCUUCCUUGUGCUUGAAAUAGAAUUUUCCGUUUUUUAAUAACCUAGUGAUAAGUUUACAAUCGAUAUUGCUCGAUAUGAUCCGUAAAAGUUUGGAAACGUGUAGUUGAAAUCGCCAACUCCUCGAUCCUUCAUUUCUUGAAUAUAUCAAACUGCUGGUUUCGUGGCGAAAGUUUGGAUGGGAUGGUUUAUGCCAUGGCUGAUACAAAAUCAGGACCUAUUUCACCGAAGACGCCAGUCAAAGAGAAAAUUGUAGGAAUCUAUGAUGACUUCUUCAAGGUAAGUAACUAUGAUAUGAUGGAACUGGAUAAACUAAGGUGUCUAAAAUUAAAAAUGAAGAAACUUGAUGUAACUGAUCACCUCGAAAUGUUUUGACCAUUUCACAAUCCCGGAUAAUAUGGAAAGUUAAAACUUUUAUUAUUGAUCUGGUCCAGUAAAUUUCUUUCUUUAGUUUGUCCUUUUCAUAACUGGAUAAUUGUUUCAGAAACAAUAUACUCUGAUCACACUUGCUCAAAGCUCACUGAAUAAAUAUCAAUCUGGUGGAAAUUAUCCUUGUCCAACCCAUCUAUCACAUAAAACUUCCAACCUUCCGAACACUCAGACCAAUACAUUUGCAUUCCAGGGAUAGUUAUUUGUUCCAAAUUCUUCCUAGGAGGAUUUCUCAUCCAAAGUGAUACCUUAUUUAGAAGUUGGGUAAUUUUAAUUAUUAUAAUUCAAAAUAUUUUGCAGUUCUGACUGGCUCCAGUCCCCCAGCAAAUUCUUCAUAACCAACUAGCGCUUACCAUAAAAAAUUAUUUGAAAGAUGCAAGUAAUAUACCAUCAUUCGUUGGUAUAUUUGCUUGGAAACAAGGUUGAUCAAUGGUAUCAGCCUGGAGAUGAGGCUGCUGAAAAAUUAAUAGCAGACUGCCCAGUGCUAUUUCCUAGUAAGAAUUUUGGAGCAAUUGUCAUGCAGGGUGUCUAUUAGACAUUGGCAUCUAUUAGACAGGGGUGUCUAAUACAAACUUAAAGGUAUAUAGGGGGGCUUUUAUUAGCAAAGAGGACAUCAAUAAGAUCAUAUAAGGUAAUCUAAUCAUUAUUUGAAAAUGUUCUUUUCAUUAAAGGGACUGGUUCGCGAUAAUGCGCAUGUGUGAGUCGUGACAGUAGCCAAUUGUUUUUAAACCAAUCGGAAGCGAGUUAGGUGCACGCAAGUAAAUAUUCAUUGUUCGCGACGCGAGAGUAUUUCCGGGCAUUUGGUUUGAUUUUAUACAUCCCCAUAAUUCAAGUUUAUUCUUAGCUACUCCUCAGAUAUAUGCUUAUCAGCAAAUGAACACGCGUUGCAUCGGUUCAGUGUUCCCCAAAACAAAUGUUAUCAAGUAGAACACAUAAAGAAACUAGAUUAUAAACAGAAUAUUCAGGCAAUAAUUUAAUUUAAAAACAUCAAUUCUUAAACAUAUACGAUCGUAAAGCAAAGAUACAAGGAACAUUUCAAGUGUACCAGAUUGGUGAAGAUCGCGCGGCUUGUUGCGGUAUAACUACAGGUAGGAGUCAAAAAUCAAAUCAAAGCUGAACGAACUCAUGCCUUUAACCACUUUCUAAGUGUCAUGUAUUCUUUUCGUAAGCCACAAACUACUCCUAGAACCAUACCAGAUCGAUCGGCUAAGCUUCUCUAUCUCCAAAGACUCUUGAGAACGUCCUGUUGCCGGACAGCCACGAUGCUCUUCUGAAUCUCCAUGAUCAAAAUAUUAUUUUUCAUGUCUUCUUAAAACGUAACCAGUCAAACAACACAAACACACGUUAAUCACCACUACCAAAGUAUAACUAGGCCAGCCAAAGCGACGGAUGUCAAAAUAAAACAAAGGAUUUUCAAUGAUUGUACUGGUAAUGGCGAUUUCGAAUUUAGUGUUGACCCGACAAAUUUAUUCUGAAGAGAAAAACGGCACGCAUGCGCAUAACCGUGAUCGCGUCCCUUUAACAUGAAGAAGGCUCUGGGUCAACUCUUUCUAAGAUGGACACCUUCGGGACCUGCAGUAUGUGUCCGUCUUAUAGAGAGUCAAAUAAAGGGAGUAAAGAAAGGAAGGGACCAACUCUGAGUGUCCGUUUUACAGAGGUGUCCGUCUUAUAGAGGUGUCCAUUAAGAGAGAGUAGACGAUUUAUUGGUCACUAACCACAGGGCUAUGCUCUAGCAGUACCUGGUGGAUCCUGGCGCCCAACUUUUGUUCCUGGGUGACUGGGAAAAUCUCAGUUUUGGCAUAAAAAUCGUAUGCUGGGUAUAGUGGAUUUCACUAGUUCAGAGCAUUGGGCUCUCUGGAAUGUUUCUGAGAGCUUAGCCUUGUAUUAGUCUUUUUUACCUACAGAAAAAUUAGUUCUCUUACAACUGUGAACAAGUUAGUCUGCCUUUUUUUUAGGGAGAUGAUCCAACCCGAGGCAGUCCCAACUUUUGGCAUGAAUUUUUUCUUAUGAGGGUAAGAACAAGUGUUUUUACUUUUUGAAAGCUUGAAAACUUGUUUGGUAAGGAGAGGUGGUUACCAUGGUAAAGACAUGUCUUUUGGCUAAAAAUGCGAAGCGUGUGUAACAAUGUUACAAAACAAAAUAAAACUGUACAGUAUUAAUGAUUUAUGCUUCAAUAGCUGGGCAACAAUAAUUCUAGUGAGUAGGUAUUAUUAUUUUUUUUUUUUAGGUCAAUGCCAUUUACCUGGAAAAGUGUAUAGACAAGCUCAGUGAAGAGGAGCUUAUGGAUGUAAAGGUAAAGGUACUAACAAGUUGUCUGUUAGAACUAACAUUAUUUUAGUACAAACUUUCAAGAGUUUGUUAUAAAAAUGCAUUGAAUUUCUUAGAAAUCUAACCUUGGCAAACAGUGAUCAGUACUAUAAUGUGAAGUUUAUAAGUCAAGUGAGUGUUAGUUAUUUUUUUAAUUCAAUUCAAUUUCAGGAAAAUAUCAACAUAUUGUUUGCUCAGUGCUGCAUUGCAUUACGAGGAGAUCAUCAGAUUAAGCUGGUCAAUGCUUUGCAGGUAUACAAUAGCGAAGGUUGUUUUCAUGAUACCACAUUAUACACUGGCCUGAUACAGUCCCUUUUCUAAAUGCCCCAUGAGAAGACAGAGAUCACCACCAGGGUCUACAUUCCAUGCUUGUUUUGAACAUUGAUGUUGGUUCUUUAACUUCCUUCUUUACUAAUGAUAACUACAUGUAAAGGAUGGAUGAAGGAGACCACAGCAACAGCUUCAUAUAAUGAUCAUACACUUUCUCUGCUCUAGUUAGUUUGUCUUGUUGUUAAAUAGCAUAGUCAAUGUUAUUCAUUUUUAGAUUUGUAUUAUUUCUGUAGAUACAUGUACAUUUUUGUAACGAGCCUUCUUUUUAGGCUUGCUAAUGAGAUAAUGAGAUGAUUCCAUGACAUUUUUCAGACACUUUGUGCAGUAGUUCGAGCAGUGUACAGAAAGAGACUAGGAGACCAUGGGUUUGAUGUUAUUAACAUCUUGAUUGGUUUUGAUGCUGCUGAGGCACAGAUGCAGGUUUGUGGAUUACAAUGUACGCACAACCAUUUGAUAUUGUUGUUUGAUAUAGAAGUCAUCCCAUGUAAAAUAUGUUUAUAAAUAUAACUCUUUGUGUUGUCUAUAUUUUCUUAGGGGUUGUUGGAAAGUUUACAUACAUUUCUUGUGGGUGAUUAUCCAGGUAAAUAAGACAGAGUCUAAUCAUCAAGUCAGCAGUUACCGCCACCUGAAAUAUCACUUGUCUUGUUGACCAUCUCAUUCAAAGCUGACAACAAAAUAGCGGCUGAACAAAAAUUGACAGCAACUGUUGUAAUAAUUUAAGUCUAAGAAGAUGUAUCUGAACAUACUCUCCUGUUUAGUUUCUUUAGAACCAGUAACAUUGUAAUAAUGGCUUAACUGACAGACGACUAAUGAUAUCAUGACUUAAUUGAUUUAUCAUGUCAAUAACCAGAGUUAAAUGCAUUCUUCAUCAAGUGACAGGAUACAACAAACUUUAACUCUGAAGAUGACCACCGCACAGGUUGUCUAAACGUCAGUUGCUGUCAACAACAGUCCUUUAAAGAUUCAUGCAGGAGUACACUAACAUUGAUGAUCAUAUUUCACCUACUCACAGAUCUUUGAGUUAUCAGUAGAUACGAAAAUUAUAUGAUAACUUUGUAAUAAAAAAAGGUGUUAAAGUUUGUGAUGUGGUGAAAUUGUUCUAAACAACUUUAAUUUAAAUCUCUCUCUGUAGUGAGCUUGAAGAACCUGUCAUUAAAAUUGGCCCUAAUUCUUGUCACUGUAAGUAGUUUGUUAGUUUGUUUGCUUGCAUUUUAUGUUAGUUUAGCAACAGUGUCUGACUAGUUAAUCUAGUUAUGGCUUUCUUGAAGGGAGAGCUGAAAGAUCCAUUCUCUUUGUACCUCCAUAUUGUUUUACAGUACUUUUUUGGUGGUAACAGUGUGUACUGGUAUGUUGUAAUUUUAGGCAACAGACAAUGUCAGUCAAAAUACAAUUGUGGAGUACAUUAUGAUAAACAGUAUAUUUGAAGCUGUUAUUCAGGUAAGCUAAGAAGUUCAGUUGUUUCUAAAAUCAUGUCCAUCACUCCAUCUUUUCUCAAUAAGAUCACUUAAAGAUGUAAAGGGUAUAGAGAUUUUUAAGGGCAGAUUUUUAUGAGGCAAUGAAAGAUUCAAGACUGACUCUUCAGAGGGUUAAUGGUUUUAAUGAAAAAAAAACUAAUUCUUAAGAGAACUGAGAAAGAUUGCUUUACCAGAAUUAUGUAUUAGUGUUGGGUUAGUAUGGUAAUAUAGCUCAAACUGAGGAGAAUUUUGGGUGAAUAUCCAGCCAGAAUUGGAUGGGCCACUACAUGUAUCUUCUUUUUAACUACUCAGUAAGAGUAUAGUAGAGUGAAUAUAAUAGUAUAAGUUGGUUAUUUUUAAAAUAAUUUGAGAGAAUUUAGCUACGUGCAAACCUCUUUGAUACAGACACCAAAGAAAUGAAGCCAGGUGUUGGCAUCAUGGAGAUGUCUACAUUUUAGAGCUGUCUAUAUCACCGACAUGUUUUUUAUAUAACAGAGGUGUGCGUACAGUACAACCUCGAUAACUCAAACUCAGACAACUUGAAUUCCACACUAACUUGAACUAAAUUUCCUUUCUUUUGAUCAAAAUUUCACUGAAAUUUACCCCCAUAACUCAAAUUCCCCACUAACUUAAACUGUUUUUUGUUUCCCUUCAGAGUUCAAGUUACAGGGGUCCUACUGUAUUAUGUUUCCCCCCACUCUUUUACUUCCUAUUCUUUUAAUUUGAGUGUUGAAGUAAAUCUGGGAAAUGUGUUUUUAGGUCCUUGCUGAUCCAGUAGCCAGACAGCAGCAUGGUUAUGAGGCAAUGCUUCUUUUGACAAUUCUUGUUAAUUACAGAAAGUAUGAGGUGAGGAAUGUUAUAUAUUGUUUCUUUCAUUUUAUUGUUUUUUAUGUACUGGCGAAGGCAGGGAUCGCAAGCUUAAAGAAGGGUUACAUGAAGAUGUUUGUGUCAAUUUUGUAAAAAAGAGUUAGUCCUGACAACCCAAGCUUCUGUUUAAUUCAAAGCAGAAUUCUUCACUCAUCUUCAGCUUACUGUACAUGUUCAAAUUGAUCAUUUACCACCCUACCAUCUAAUACUGAUUGUUUUGCUAAUUUGUAACCAUAAAAUACGUGUAUGCUACCAGUUAGUAAUAAUUAUUGAUGUAACUGACCUGUACCUACAAUUGAGCUCUAAGCUCCAAAAAGUGUCAAUAAUCAAGUCAUUCAUCCAUUCAUUCAUUUUUAAUUCAUCUUUGUCACUGUCAUCAACAUUAUCACAGUUUUUUUCAUAGGUUGAGCCCAAUAUAUGAACCAACAAAAUUAAAAGAUUAAAUAUUUAAAUAUGUUUUUUCUUGCAUGCUUUUUAAUCAGGCAUCAAAUCCGUACAUUGUAAAGCUCUCGAUCUUGGAUGAUGAGUUGGCCUUAAAUGUAAGUUUAACGAAUCUAAUCCAUGUAUAUCCUAAAACAGCCUUUGUAUGUAUCAGUUUGGAGCAUGGGUUAUUGUGAAGCUAUUGUGAACUGUGCCAUAACCAAAUCCGUUCUUUUUUAGGGUUUUGGCUGUGUAAUAUCAGCUGCGCUCACUGACUACAACAGGUAAAGAUCACUAACUUGUGCUUUUAUGAAGAAAAGAGUGAUAAUAAGUGCAAGGUUAAGAACAGUUUGUAUUUGUUUGUUCAGGAAACAUGCAGCUAUGCUAGAGCAGGCAUCUGGAGGAUUGAUCAGUACCAUAACAAGCUUUGUAAGUUGUGUAUUAUUUGUUUUGUAUUUUAUUUUACUCAAAUAAGUACACUGCUCCAGAAUAAUUGCCACUGUGAUGUUAAACAGCCAAAUCAUUACUGGUACAACUAUAACUGCACAAAGCGUGUUCAACGGUGAGCACUUCUUUCUUUUGCUUCCUACCGUUAUCUUGAGACCCAAGACAGUUCUAUAAUCUUGUUGCUUAAUAUGAACCCUGUGGUAUCCUCUAUGAGCACUCAUGAGACCCCACCAUGUUACAUAAACCCUCCACUUAACAUUGGUUAAAAAUAAGUCCUGUCCAGUCAUCCUUGAUGAACAGAUUUUCCUUUUAAGCUACAUUCAUAAACAAAAGUCUUGGGAUACAGUUUAAUUUGUGGGUGUUUUUUUAAAUCCCCACAAUGCCUAUGUAACUAAAUUAUAACAGGAAUGCAACAGCCAAGGCCAAGCAAAAUUUUAGCUCUGCUUAUCUUUACGACAAGCUACAAUUUAAUUUUUUCAAGCACUGACUUUGCAGUUGGACCCAUGACAUUUUUCUAACCAUCUAUGACCACUGUCCCUUCUCUAUUCAAUCUGAAGCCAGAGAUGUUUUAAAGUAUCAGUAAUAACAGGCCCGUAGGCUGGUUUUUGCCUGGGUGGGUUCUUUUUCGCUUAAAACGGACCUUUCAACUUUUUUGACAGAAAUCUUUCUAACAUUUGGCAGGAAGCCGCUGCCCGUUUUCUUUCUCUUUCUUUUUGCUUGGACGCCCCAUAGUAACAAAGCAAAUCAACGGCGAUUUCCUAGGCCAAUGCACUCGAUGCUAUGUAAGCACAACAUGGCGACCACUCGUUUCAGGCAAUUACUGUUCAAAGAUGGACGUUGGGUUCCAGGCUCAGAAACAACCAAAAGCCAACGGUGUACUGAAAUAUUUCUUCACUAAACGGAGUGAAUACUAAAGAAAACUAAAGCAUCGAGAUUUGGAAGCUGCCACAGAUCCCAAAAUGUGGAAAAUUUAAGAAUAACGAGCUAAUUAUAUGUUUUCAGUAAUUUUUUUAUACAUGCGAGACAUGUUUUAAGCCGGUCAAAUUAUUUGUGAUUAGGCCACCGGGCGGACCUUUCCAGGCAGUGGGGGGUUCAUCCGAACCCUCCGAACCCCCCCAGCCUACAAGCCUGAAUAAGUGCCUUCUGUCAAUAAGCAUCGUAUACCAUUGAAAUACAGUAAUGUGACUCCUCUGAAAGAAUGGUCGAAGAGACGUCACAUAAUUUCUUAAUUUCUCCUGACAACUCCAUUCUCUUGCUUCCUAUUUAAUCAUGAGUGUACUAUAUCUCAUAGGUUGGAAGCAUGUUUGUCGCUGAGACAGAGAGUGCAGAGUGUUUUAGGUAUGAAUUUAGAGUUGUGAUAGCUUAAUCUCUGAACUGCAAAAAAAUGUCACUUUCCCUCUUUGUUGUCUAACGAAAUUUGCAUUUUUCACUUGCACCUUCAUUGCAUUCAGCAUUAAUUUUUUAUCCUGUGAUUCAUGUUCUUCUCACACACUUUAUUACUGCAUUAUAUUGUCAAACAGAUAUUAACAGUAAUGACCUCUUUUGAUUUUAUCUCUUUCUGUUUAGCACCAAUGAAGCUGUACUUCUUGCAUUAUAUGAAGCAGUGCAUCUCAACAGAAAUUUCUUUACUGUGCUUAGUCACGUUACGGUCAGUUUAGUGUAGGAUCAAAAGAAUUUGAUUUCAGAAUUAUUUUUUUUGUGGCUCUAAGUUGAUACUGGGAGCAACCUCCAAGCCUUGACAGCCUUAACAAAUUUCAAACAUAGUCUGAAAACCGGGUGAAAUAGGGUUGAUGAAACUGUUAAAAUUCAGAACUGGCAUUUCAGAAUAGUCAUUUCAAAAAUGAAAUAGCAGUUUUUCUUGAAAUUUUCGCGUUUAUCUCAUUUGUCUUUAGACUGCACCAGGGUCCAGUCCUCCUCCAUCACCUACAGCAGCACCGCCUGUUGUUGAAAGAACAGCAACUGGUAAGAAGAAAGCUUAACUAUGGAAAAAAUGAUCAAUUUUUUGGUAAAAUCUUAAGAAAUAAUUAAUGCUAUGCCAAAGUUCUACGGAAGAGGUUUCAUUUGAAUGGUAACAUCACAGGAUUUGAUUCACAGACUCAAAAGUUAGAACUUCAUACUAAAUUAAUUGUACCAUGUGAAAGUACUGCUGAAGAGGUUUCAUUUGAAUGGUCACACCAUAGGAUUUCAUUCACAGACUCAAAAGUUCGAUUUUCAUACUAAACAAAUAGUACCAUGUGAAAGUACUGCUGAAGAGGUUUCAUUUGAAUAGUAACACCAUAGGAUUUUAUCCACAAACUCAAUUGUUAGAGUGCACAAUAGCCUCAUCAUAACCCUGUUUAGGAGAAAAACGAUUAAGCCAGUGUCUGCUGUUGCUACGUGUUUUGUAAAGUGUUUCUUUUGCCGUUUUCAAUGUAGCUGCAGUAAUUGAGGAUGUUCCUGCAGAUUUGAGUCAACCCACCAAUCUACUGGUUACUUUACUGACAUACUCCUCAAUUGCCCUGCAGAAUACCAAAGGUAUGUAAUAAUUACCUAUUACGUACAGCCUGCAGAAUAGGCGCUAUUUGUUCGCGUUUUUCGGGCGAGCGAAAGCACAAAGCGGGCAUGGAGCGCCUUCCGUCGUCGCACGUGUCUCACGUCCUCGCUCGCUUUGCACUUGCCUUCCCUCGAAAAACGCGAAAAAAUAACACCUGUUUUGCAGGCUUUUGUUACUAAAUGUGCAAAUCAGUGAUACAAUAACUUUCAUAAUAAGCCAAGAAUUGAACUUAAGAACCACAUUGAGCCUAAGUCCAUAGAGGGUUACAAAGAACCUGUGAACACAGGCACGAUUUUCCCUCCUCCUUCCUCCUGAGUGAAAAAUUGUCACACAAGUUUUUUUUCCCACGGUACUUGCCGUUUGCGGUACUUCUUUACAAGCUUUAGCUGUUGUACUCCCUUCUUUUGAACUGAUUUUACUUUUCUAUGGUUAUGUUUGACGAAAAAUUCAUCUCAACAAGAAGCGUUCGCAAAACUAGUUUUAGUUUUUGCGCGAUGAAAAGCUGGAAAAACUGUAAGUGCAAUCGCAACUGUUGUAUUCAUCGUAAUAACGUUUAAAAAAUUGUUGCUGUUGCAGAUGACAAAGGAAUAAGCAAUGCCAAACUCUGCCAGGUUAUUUUAACGUGUAUUGUUGAGGUGAGGGAAGUGAUCAGAAAGAUGAUACUGUAAUUGCUCUUUCUACCUAAAAAUACUCCGCGUGGGUUAGUCUGCUGAUUAACGUGCUUCUGCUCUUAGUCCAAAUUUAAGAACGUGUCAGCUAGCGUCAUUAUAGUUAUGGCUUUAGUUAACCAUCUCCCGUAGUUUACGAACUGAUUUGUAUGGUUUAUUCAUUUCUAUAGGAUCAAUAUGCCAAUGCUUUUCUCCACGAUCCAAACAUGACCUUUUCUGUGCCUCUUCACAGGGCGGUAAGUGAAAGAAAAACACAGUUUUGUCUUUAUACUUUUGAUUAAAAUAUGCUACCACUAGAUGCCAAGAUCUUUGAUCUUUUGAAAAUUUUUUCGAGAGACGUCAUCGCAAGCAUAAUUAAACCAAUAGUUGCUAGCCUGCGUGGGGCGGGGGGGGGGGGUUUCUAUUCUUUCUAUGCUCUAAUCUUCCCCUUUGCUUUCUCUAUUCGUAACACUCACAUUUCUGUGGGAGUUAGUAGGUGUAAUAAAAGAAAAUGAAUAUUUAUUUUAUUUUUUUAUUAUUAACAUAAUUAUUAUGUAGGUUGAACUUUUAUGUUUUUUAUUUUAAUAGAUUUAUUGGGAGACAAUCCCGGGAAAGAGAAUUCAGCGGGGGGGGGGUGGGGGGGGGGGGGGGGGGGGGGGGGGGGGUUUCGCUCGUUAUUAGGGUCCUCUCAUAUCCGUCCCUGCGGUAGGAGAGGACCCUGGGAACGAGGCUGGGAGAAGGGACAAUUCGGCGCGCGAGGAGUGGAGGAAAGGGAACGACUGCAACGACGCUAUUGUUUACACCAAACCGACCAAACCCCUCUUUCCCUAGCCUGCGUAGCUGGCGGUUUUUUAAUUCCUUUUCUUUAGUGGUUGGUAAAGUAAGAGAAACAGUGGCGCGAAAGCCGAAAACGAGGUCGAACCAGAAAACAGUGGAAGAGGGGUCGUGGGGGAAGGCAGUGAAAUUUUUUAAGGUGUUUCUCUCUCUCCUCCUCGCCUCCUCUCCCAUCGUUUUCUCGUUAGACCUCGCGCGGCCGUGUAAAUACGAACCAGAAAAGCAAAUCACACCAGAAAUUCCGCCAGCUACGCCGGCUACCUUUUUCUUUCUUCGCUCGCGUCCGAAUUCUCCCUACCCCUAAAUAGCUCCCAUUUGGUUAUUUUCAGCAACUGUAUCACAGAGGAGCUGUUAUUGAGAAGAAUGCGCCAUCAAGACCACUGGCCUGUGCACUGCUAGGUAUGUCCAAACAAAAUAACGGAUUUAAACACCCUGCUAGUUGAGCCUUUCUUUCGCUUGCUUAUUUUCUCUUUUUUGAAGGAGAAGACAAAAGGAGGCUCUUCUGGCAGGGUUGUUUUAUAACAAGUAUCGAUGUAAUACUGUUCCUCUUAUUGCAGUACUCUCUUCGAGAUGAUAAAGAUGAAAGGCGGGAUAGCGGAAUGUACACCACGACUUUACUGGAGAACAAAACAUUAUACUAUAUUUGUAAAAAAUAGACCCGUAACCAGGUUGAUUCAUGCAAGUAAACAAGAAAAACGACAACGCGUUAAUCCACUUAGAUAACCAGAGUAACGUCUGGUUUGUUAUUAACAUUUUUUAAGAGUUUGAGUGAGACCAGAAAAUGUAAGGCGCUCAUUUUUUCACCCCUGUUACUGUAGAAACUGAGAUUCUCAUGUGACGUUUUUAAUUCUUUUUAGAUCUUAUGGUUGAGUUUAUCGUAACACACAUGAUGAGAACAUUGCCAACUGACUUGUACGGGUAUGUGAUUGAUACAGUAUUCAUGUUCUAAUUUUUGCCGUAAGAAAUUCGUAGCCCCAUGUGAACUUAAAAAAGCCAGCAAGGUUGUGUUUUUGCAUAUGAAGUGGACUUAAAUAUCAGUCCCUUUUCACCGGGCGAGAGGACACGUUUUCACGGCGUAUUGUAGGAAUCAAGUAAACAGCCUGCACCCACCCUGAAGAGGUGGUCGAACCGAUGGGGUGGAAGAAAAUUUUAACGCACUACAAUUUGCACAAAUUGUAUUGGGCUGGUCUCCCUCCCAAACCAUCUCCUUUCGCCUUACAUCCGCCUAAUUGCCUGUAAUGUAUGCAUGUUGGCAAAACAGUCCUGACAAUUUUCCUUUUAUUUUGUAAAUAUUCAAUUUUAAAAUUCUUGUAAAAUAAUUCACUGUCGACUUAAAAUGGCUUUAAGCCACUAAAAUAAAAUGUAACUGAAUGUCUCUUUCCCUUUUGCAGGAAAACGUUUGGAAUCCUUCAUCGCAUGUUGUGUUAUCAAAAGCGAUGUCGUGUUAGGCUAGCUUACUCAUGGAAGAGCUUCUGGACUGCUCUCAUGAAUUUCCUCAAGUUCCUUCUUUCCAAUGAAUCUGUGCUCACAAAGACCUGCAAUAUCUUUUCCCUGGCCUCACAGGUUUGUCCGGCGACUACACGAUUUUUUUGUGGCGUGAAAAAGAUAAAAAAUUUCAAAAUUUGUAGACACAGUCGAAUAGCUCUUUUCUCACACAAGAGGUCUAUACAACUGAAAUAUGAUAACAGAGAGUAAAACGGCCAGUUUCACAUCAAUUUCACUUUUCAGUCAGUAGGUAGGAGCUAUAAAAGAUUUAACUGGUCCAAUGCCACCGAGGCAUUGCAUGUUGUUAACAUGCGAUAGUUUUACGAACGCCAAUCCUGUCCUCUUAGGCGACGUUCUCUCAUCCUAGGCCAAAUUUUGCCUUUCAUAACUUUACACGACUUGGGCACUGAGUGGUUGUUGCGACAGAGAUAAUGUUACUAUUCGCAUAGACGAGUGUGGGACUUGACUUACUCGUUAAUUCUUUAAUGCGUCCAUUUGUUUACUUUCUUGUCGUAGGUUGUUAACAUUUUCAACCUUUUUAUCACCUAUGGAGACACAUUUCUCCCUUCUCCAACAUCCUAUGAUGAACUGUAUUAUGAAAUCAUCCGAGUUCAUCAGAUCUUUGAUAACCUCUACUCAAUGGGUAAGUCAGUGAUUUAAGGCAUUGACGCCUCUUUUGGUCAAUUUUAGUCCUGCAUUUUCUUCACUAUAACAGCUCAUACGUAGCGAAUCCCUCGCGUAAUGUGAAAUUCUAACGGAUAGAUAUUGUUCGGGUAGCCCCCAAAUCUCCCCGUUCAAGUAUUUGUUGCUACAUCCGCUCUACACCUACAGUUAGCUUCAAGAGGAGCUUAAGAAACCACGGCGACGACGGCAGUAAAAACGUCUCUGAAAAAUGAAUUUACGUUUUUUCAUACUCUGGCAUCACUUUUGUAUUGCCUUGCCGGAGUUAUCGUUUUGUCCCGUUUUCGUUGCCGUCGUCGUACUGGACCUUUGCUCAAGCUUCCUACAGUCUCGUGUAUUUUCCCGCGGUUUGCAGCAGCCGCCAUAUAUUUGCAAUCUGAUUGGUUCAUCGCACUUACUACGUCUCAUCCGAUUGGGCAAAAACUAAGAGGCCUUUAACAAUAGUUGAUCACGUGGUGGUAGGAUGUUCCUCCCUCCAUGUUAACAUCCCCUUGGUGGAAAACCCUCACAACUUUUCUUAGUGCCACUGUUAAUCAGGUUGUUUGGAAAUCCACAGCAUUAAGACAUUCAACAAACGGUGGCGACUGGAAAGACGCAGCAGCCCGUCUCGCCAGCUCCUUAGUAAAUGUCAGGUGAGAUGAGAUGAGAACUAUAUUUUUUGGACUUUUUAGUAAUUUUAAUUCUCCAUUCGCUUAUUGUCGUAAGUCAACAACUGUUGUGAAAAAUUAACCUUGUUUGUGCACAAUUGAACUUUAGAGCAAUCAUUAACCAUUUCACACCAAAGAUUGAUUCAUGGGCAGCUGUCAAUCAUCUUACGUCACUAUCUUCUGAGCAGGUACGAUUUUUUGGGGGACGGACCUUACCGGUGCGAAGAACAAAAAAAUAUUCGUGCAAGGGAAAAUUAAAUGAAAACAAAUUCAUGCACGUCGAUUAUCCCUAAAAAAAUGUUUCUUCGCUGGGAUUUGUCCCUUAUGUUUCAUUUUGUAUCUCUGCUAGUGUAAGUAGCUUCCUUGGGGAAUUUUAACCUUUGAAAAGCAAUCCAUAAUUAAGGUUAGUUGAAAUAUAUCUCUUGAAUACACGUUAAAAGAAACUAAAAAUAUUAUCUUCUUUCACUCUCAAUUUAUGUUUUCUUUUCGUUAUUAAAGAGCCCUACUUGGGUCUUACUGCCCUUUAAGGAUAAAAAACGACAACAACAGAAAGACUAUUCCACGAGCGAAGCAAAAUGUCGGAAUUGUAAUGGAAAUGUCCAGUUGAUUAUUCUAUUACUCAUUGUGUCACUGCGGAUAUCUUUCCAGGUUUUGAGCGUUAUUCGUAGUAACUAUGACACGCUAACCUUAAAACUUCAAGAGAAUUUGGAUCAUUAUGAAAAGUACUCCGAGAAACCGAAAGAGGCGGCCUUCUUUACCCAGCUGGUAAGUUCAUGGAUGAAGGUGCGGACGUACAAGAGCCUCACAGAGUGAGCUCUUGGUAGGAGAUGUUAUUGCCGGUCGUAAUCUUGCAUGUACAUUUAAAUCUGGUCAUUUUGAUUUCCGAGGGUAUAAAAAGCUAUGAAAAUCUUUUCCGGCUCUUGAGACAUAACUAUGAAGAAAAUUAUCGUACUCACAGCAAACACAGUUUAAUUAGGGGCCUAGCCUACCAUCUAUGUAUCUCGUGGUUUACUGACGAUUAUUGUUUCUGCGAUAGUUGAAUCCAACAGAAGUUGGGAUGACGCCGUAAUUCAGUUAAAACUGUCUUUACUGCGAGUAAGAAAAUUUUCUGUAUAGUAUGAAAAUGGCCUACGAGUUUUUAAGAAACAGAUCCCAACCAGUGACUUUUGAGUACCUUUGCUACGAGAAAGGUGUAAAUAUUCGCGUGGGAGUCCUUUGGCUUGUACAGACUACUAAUCAUGACCCCAAGUUCAAUCCCUUCCAAAACGCAUUAUGUUAAAACUGAACUGGUGAUGUUAACGUCCCUUUUUUGCCCUUUAGGUUCGUUCUAUCGUGAUUGAUGUUCGACGAACUAUACAUGUCAAUAACCUGGAACAGUUUAGCUUGCUUCAAGAGUUCGCCUCGAUCCAUUGAGUCAACUUGAGUGGUCGCAGAGCCCGGAACAAACACUGCAUAAAAUAAUAACGGGAGCCCUUUUCAAGUUGCGUAGUGCGGCGUUGAAAGGCGUAAACAUUAAAGCUAUCGUGUUAGAAACCUUUGUCCAUACACAUAUUGUCGUCGGUUUCCUGGAGAUUGGCUUCAGUAUUCGAAGGCGUUUAAAAAAAACACUGGUGGCCCCGAGAUAGUUUUUUAAACACUGUUCUCUAUUUCUGUUUGGGUGAUCUUUGUACAAAGGGUGUGCAAUGUGUAAAGGUUUAGUCGUUCCCAAACUGCUGAAGUUAAGCGACAUAGGUGAAGUGCAAAGAUAGGGCAGAAUUUUUUCUGGCGGUAUCUAGACAACAGAAUCUACACGACCUCUAUAUUUCCAGAGUCGUGGGAAUUGAGGGAGAUGCGAGUGUGUAGCACAAAGGUUAAGUUAAGAGGGGGAUUAGCGCUUCUCGCUGGCAACUUCAGUUUUCAGCAUACUGUAACCAAUGAGGGUUUUUUAAACACAUUUUCUAAUUCGAUAAUUACUAAUAUAUAAAGUAAUUCCUCGUGUUGGGAAUCGUAUUGUAGAUUAAUUGUUUAAUCAUAAAGGAGACGAAACGUCUUGACUUAUGAUAAGAAUGAGAAAAAGAAAGAACUAAAGAGUUCGGAACAAAGAGCAACUGCCACUUUUUGGUGUUUUCCCCAACUUUCACCUGUUCUCUGCAGCUCUAUAGCAAGAGUCUCUCUUUUUUUUGGAAAUGCUUGGGUAUGUGUUCUUUGAUUCUCAUAUCUGCGACGAUCGCCACAAGCGAGUCUUUAGGUCUCGUGGUGAAGUUAUAUCUGGUAAUAACUUUGGAGAAAAUAUAUUUAUUAAAGCCUCGUUUAUAUGGGGAAAAGUUGUCCCGGGAAGGAGAGCCACCCUCCAAGCCAAGACAACUUUAGCAAACGUUUAGAGCUGACAACUGGAGCGACGUCAGCGUUUGCGCAUGCUUUGAUUGUCUUGCCUUACCCGAGUUGACCGGGUUGGACCAGGCAAAGUGUUUAUGUGGAGUUAAGUUGGCCCGGCUAGGAAGGUGAAACGGCUAGUAGGGUCACCCUUCUAGCCGAGCCAAUUUUUGGUUUCUCAUGAAAACGGUUCGCCAAGUUGGCUUGCCCAGGGUAGAUCCGGUGGACGAAUGGCUGUUCUAUCCGGGAAAAUUUUUCGCUAAGUAUGUAAACGGGCCCGAAAAGGUUUAGUGGGACAAGUACCAUUUGGGGCAAACGAACGGGGAAAUAUCCGAAGAGUUCUCAAUUUUUGCUUCCCAAAUGGAUUUAACAUGGGUGCUGGAGAAGACUUCGGUUAUUUAAACGAAGUCUAACUUAAUGGGUUAUUUUAAGAAGAGAAAUGUUUUUUAAAAUCUACACCAUAUGCUUUAGUGAAAUUGUUCACGAUAAAUGGUGUAUAUGUCGUAGUUAGUUUUUUAACUCGGGUAAUUUUUGUUUUCCUUUGGCUUGUAGGUAUCGUAAUUUACGCUAAUGAAGUUGAAACAAAGGAAAAAUAAAAAUUACCUGAGAUAAAAAAUUAUUACAACAUAUACAUAUAAGCGUUCGGCAACCCGAUAAUGGGUUAGAACGCGGUUUGUUAAAUACUGGCUAAACUCUGUUUAAAUAACUGACCCAGAGAGUUUAAAAUUCUUGGCUUAAAAAUUACAUCGCCAUGAAAUGUUCGCUUAUGUGAGCUGGUCAGGAAGGUACCUGUUUCCUAAAUCGUGAUAAAACGUGGUCCAUAAACUACUGCAAGCUAUGUACUGUUGAUAUAAAAUGAGUUUUAAAGAAAGAGA